AUGCGGAGUACAGGUACAAGCGAGUUGAGAUUUGACCCAGAGAUCGAGAAAACAGCUCGGGCACUUAGGAAAGCAACAAGAGAAGCUCGGUUAGCUUCUAGAGGCGAAGCAAGUUCUAGUGGUGCUCUUAUUGGUGAGGAGCAGAAUUUUUCAGUCAUGGACGAAGACCAAGAGGUUCCAUUGCCUCCUCCUCCUCCUCCUCCUCCGAUAAACCCGGUUUCAUUUGACAUUAAAAAUACGGUUCUCUCCGCCCUUAAAGAGAAUCCGUAUUCGGGGUCCGAAGCUCAGUGUCCGAAUCUACACCUUUCUCAUUUUUAUGAAGCUUGCGACUAUACCGAUCCGCCCGGUGUGAGCGAAUCGGAUAAAAGACUCCGUUUGUUCAAGCACUCGUUGACCGGUAGAGCCAAAGAUUGGCUAGACACCAUCCCCUCCGGGACGAUUGCAACUUGGCGACAAUUGGAAAGAAAGUUUUUGGAUAGGUACUUUCCGAUUCAUAAGUUCUUGGAGAGGAGGGCUGAAAUUAGCAACUUUGAGCAAAGCGACAAUGAGACUUUGUAUGAUGCUUGGGAGAGAUUCAAGGUAUGUUUGAAGCGGUGCCCUAACCAUGGAUUUGACGGACAUAGUCAAAUGCAAAUGUUCACCCAAGGUUUGAGGCCGCAAACAAGAAUGAUUUUAGAUGCAUCCGCGGGAGGAUCAUUGAAGAACCGUGACGAAGGCGAGGUUAGAGAAUUGGUGGAAAGCAUGGCGCAAAAUGAGUAUCGUGCUCAAAAUGACCGUGGAGCCAAGAAAAAGGGAGGUUUGUUAGAGCUUGAUACACAAGCUGCCCUUUUAGCUCAACAAAAGCUCAUGACUAGUCAAAUGGAAGCCAUGAUGAAGCUUAUUUCCAACUCUCAAUCUCAAACUUCAUCGGUUGGUAAAAUUGAAAAUGAUAGAUGUGACUUUUGCCUUCAAGACCAUCCUAACGGUGGUUGCUUUCCGGAAGGAUCCGAAGAAGCGAGGUAUUUGGCCAAUUUUAGGAAGAGCUAUCCACCCAACAACUCCGGUUGGGGCAAUCAAGGCCAAGUUUCAAAUCCUACCCAACAAAGGCCUCCUUCAAGGAUGGAAGAAUCUCUUGCUAAUUUUGCACAAAUGACUCAAAAGAACUUUGAAGCCAUGAAGACAAGCCAAGAAGUGUCAAACAAAAAUCAUGAAGCUUCAAUCAAGAACUUGGAAAUGCAAAUGGGACAACUCUCUAGACAAUUCUCCAAUUUACAAAACAACGGAGGAUUUGGGGGAAACACUAGAGACAAUCCCAAGAAUGAGUCUUGCAAUGGUAUAACUUUGAGAAGUAGAGUGAUUCCGGAAGUGGAGAAGGAAGAGUUAGUUGAAAAGAAAGGUGAUGAACUUGAAAAAUUGAGUGAUGAUGAGGGAGAUGUAGUUGAAAAAGAGAGGGAGUCAAAAGAGAGUGAGAACAAGAAGUGUGAGAAAGGCAAGGGGGUCGAUGAUUCACAUUAUUCAAGGGUGCCAUACCCUAGGAAGGUAAGAGUGAAGAAUCUAGACCGAGAGAAGGACUUCAAGAAGUUUAUGAAGGUUCUAAACAAGUUGGAAAUGGCUAUCCCUUUGGUUGAGGCAUUGGAGCAAAUGCCACUUUAUGCAAAGUUUCUCAAAGAACUUCUCACCAAGAAGAGGAAGCCAUUGGAUGAUGAAAUGGUAAGCAUGACCGAGGAAUGUAGUGCUCUUAUUCAAAGGAAGCUUCCCCAAAAGAGAAAAGAUCCCGGGAGUUUUACUAUUCCAUGUUCUAUUGGUAAUCUAGCUAUUGGUAAGGCACUAUGUGAUCUUGGAGCAAAUAUUAACUUGAUGCCACUUUCUAUGAUGAAGAAGAUACCGGGAGCUAUUGCAAAACCCACCAAAAUGAGUCUUUCUUUGGCGGAUAGGUCAAUAGUGCACCCGGAAGGUAUUUUACAUGAUGUGCUUGUUAGAGUGGCCGGCUUUGUGUUCCCGGCUGAUUUUGUGGUUCUUGACAUGGAAGAAGAUGCUAAUUGGGAGCCUUUACUCCUUGGUAGGCCUUUCUUGGCUACUAGCCGUGCUCUUAUUGAUGUUGAAUUAGGAGAGUUGAUGUUAAGGACGGAGGAUCAAAAGAUUGUGUUUAAUGUGUUUGAGACUAUGAAAAGCUAUGAGGGAGACCCACAUGAUGUGCAAGACAACAUGGGUGAUGGUUUGGUCAAAGAUGAAUGCAAGAUGGAUGUGAUGAAGUCUCCAUGGCCACCGGGUGGCACUCCUUUUCCAUAG